CUCUUUCGAUGGCGAAUGGCAGCUAGCCCGUCUAUAAUCCCGGCCUCUUCUCUAGCCUUCCGGGCCAACCUUGCAAAACUAAUAUCUCCUCUCCGACGCGUCCGUCCACGUGUGCCGUUCUUCCAACUGACCAUCCACCGUCUCCCCACACUUGCCUUGUAUCGCAACCUGCUUCGCUAUGCUCCCGACAACCAUAUUCAAACUCGAAUGCGAUUUCUCUUUCGCAAGAAUCAGCAUUUAACUGGGACAGAGAAGACCAAACGGCAGCUGGAGAAAGGAUACAAGUUUCUCGCAGCAUUCAAACGAGCCCAUGAAGGCGACGAAAAACAACAGCUAAUCCUAUCGCGGUAUUCUCGGCUCCUUGCGGCGAAAGCAGAGAAACACUAUUGGAAGGGCCUUGUCCGCGCCGAAGUAGCCUGGCAGGAGCGUCUCAAAUCGCGUCCCAUACUUACCGGGGGGCUGAUGAAAGCAACAUACUUUAACCCCCCGCUUCCCCGAAUGAAACCUCAGCCCAUGCAAAUAUCAAAAAUCAUCAUGGCCCGGAAGCGCGUUCGAGACCGACGGUGGGCUCUGAGGGAGCAACUCAUCGACCACUCCAACCUCAUUUUCGAAGAACAACGAUUCGAGCAGGGUCUGCUCGGCAUGGGCGAAAACUUCGAGUCUGUCUUCGACACCCAAUGGCAAGCUCCCAUCAAGAAAUCCCUAGACCAGCUGAACACUCUCAAUCGGCGCGACAUACGACGCUCAGAAACCCCCGUCUCGCCUGAACUAGAAGCAACACUCCUGGCUGCUCGGCGCGAAAAAAUCGCCAACAAAACACGGGAAAGAGCGCGUGAGCGGGCCGGAGAGGUCUUGCCGAUAACUCUUGAGAGGCAGCGGGGACGGCCGCCUGGCCAUAUCUUUUCGCGAAUGACCCCAAAGCAGAAACAUAGAGAUAGGGUCCUGCGUGGUGUUGGGGAAGUGGGGUAUGUUGGCAUGAUGAAACAGAGAAUGAACUUCAAGUUGCGAGAUGGUGGGAAGGGGUUGGCACGCGAAAACAGCGUUGAUUUAGAGGGGGAAAGGUUGGAAGCUAUGCAAGGCUUGGAGAAAGCGUUCAAGGUCGAACAACGAAGGAGACAAGGUGAAGAUUACAAGACAGAAUCUCGCUAG